AUGGUUAACACAAGCACCGUGGUGACGGCAUCAGUCGCAACCGUUGCGACAGGCCUCGUUGCCUAUGCCGUGUACUUUGACUACAAGCGAAGAAAAGACUCCGAAUUCCGCCGGAACCUGAGAAGAAACGAGCGCAAGCAGGUCCGGGCCGAGAAGGAAGAAGCAGAAGCCUCCACACAGCGACUACGCGGCCUCAUCAAGGCAAAGGUGGACGAAGCUAAGGAGGAGGGUUUCCCUGUGGGCGUGGAGGAGCGAGAAGCUUUCUUCAACGAACAGGUUAUGACGGGCGAGAUGCUGAGCCAGGAUCGUAUGGACGAACCCCUCCAUGUCGCUAUCUUACGCACCGACAAAAGCAAAAAGGCUGACUCUAUUUCUUUCUCCGAUGUAGCUUCUAAGAUGAUCGAUUCUGCGCUCGCUUUCUACAAGGGUCUCAAGGUCUACCCUGCUCCCGGCGACCUCAUCAAGAUCUACGACAGCACCGUUCCCAAGCCUAUACUAGACAUCCUGGCCGACAUGAUUGCAUACGACGGCGACAUUAGCAUUCGCACUCGUCCCUCAUCCGCAGGCAUCAACCUGGGUGACAUCCCCAGCGUUGGCCUCGAUUAA